AUGGUUAACAGCGGGAUGUUUAUCUCAGUGGCUUUUCUCAGCAUCGUGGCAAGCGUGGCCGCGUUUGGUUUCCUGAUAACGCAAUUAAUAUUCAUGUGUUUUGGACGCUCAGGAAAGAAGAAGCGAGCGAAACAGAAAACAGUGAUAAAAAAUGAUAUCAACGAUAAUGGGGAAGCAAGUGGUAUUAGGUUGAACAGAGUUGACGGUGAUAGGGUGAAUGAUGGGAACUUAGGCGUGGAUUGUGAUAAGGCCCCUGGGAUAAAUAGUGACUGUGGGCUAAGGAUUGAUGGUGAUGAGGAUCGUUGUGACAAACAGGUGAAGAACUACAGCGUCAUUGAAAGUGAAAAUGUUAUCACUAUUGAUACGCCUUGUGAUGGUGAAAAUGCUACUGGCAAUGACAAAGGUGGUGAUGGAGGUGAUGGUGGUAAUGAUGAUGGUGAUGAUGAUGGUAAUGAUGAUGGUGAUGAUGAUCGUAAUGAUGAUGGUAGUAGAAUUGAAAGUAAAAAAAGUGGUAAAAAUGGGCGUGAUGAUGUUGGUGAUGAUGGUGGUGAUGGUGUUAGCGAUGAUGGUGGUAAAAUUGACAGUAAAAGAAGUGGUAAUAAUGGGCGUGAUGAUGGUGGUGGUGAAGCUGAUAAUGAUGGUGGUGUUGGUGAUAGUGGUGGUAAAGAUGAUGAUGGUGGUGAUGCCAGUGUUAGUGAUGAUGGUAAUAAAAUUGACAGUAAAAGAAGUGGUGACAAAGGGCGUGAUGAUGGUGGUGGCGAAGGUGAUGAUGAAGAUGAUAGUAAUGAUGGUAAUAAAAUUGACAGUAAAAGAAGUGGUAAUAAUAUUGGUGAUCAUGGUGGCCAUGAUGAUGAUGAUGAUGGUGUUAGCGAUGAUGGCAGUAAAAUUGACAGUAGAGGCGAUGGUGAUGAUGGUUUUGUGUGUGGUAAUAAUAUUUGUGUCAAUGAUGGUGCUGUAAACGGUGGUGAUGAUUAUGAGAGAAGCAAUGAUAAUGAGGGUGGUGGUGAUAAUGGUGGUGGUGUUGAUGGUGAUUAUGGUAGUAGACAUGACAUUAAAAAUGGUGAUGGUCUGGAUGUUGCAGACAUGAACCUCAAUAUUGAUGGAGAGCAGGGAACUGUGAUUGACGACAGAACGGAAACAAGGGACAAAGAUGAUGGUAACAAUAUGCACAAAUGUUGUAGUUUCAAAUAUAAAAAGAUUGCCGCUGGAGAAAGUGAUCUUAUGCAUACCAGCAACUGUUGUGAAACAAGCAAUGGUACUCAUGGUAAAACUAUUCCGCGUUCUUGCAACCAAUGCGCAUGUCAGUGUAGUCACAUUGGUAUUAACGGAAGCAAUGGUCAAGCCACCCACAGAGACCAUGAUGCUCUUCAUAUAAAAAAACAACGCAUUCAGUUUAAGCUGGAUGUGGACAUUACCAAAUAUCAAAUUGAUGACGGAAAUGAAAAGCACUCCAAAACUAGCACGUCUCGCAACUUUGGUGAGCGUUUUAGCGAUGGCGAAGUAAUUGACAACUAUUAUGUUCAAAAUGAUUUAGUAAAUCAAACGCGUAACAUGGUUUCGAGUUUUUGGCCGGAAAAUGCACUGUGCGACAAUGUUUCCCCAAGAGAAAUUACAUCCAAGUGCAAGAACAGAUCUUGUUGCAGUAAUGUUCAACAAAAUAUGAUAAAAUAUGAGAAUUCUGUCAAGUUUUAUUCAGGAAGACAAAUUGUUCGCGAAAAAACAAUAUCGAACACGAAUGACAACGAAUAUUUGAUAAAAGAUACAACAGACACUUCACCAGACAAUUGUGGGCUCAUUCUAGAUGAUAAUUUCAAUGAAGAUGAGCCGCCUUUUGGCUUGAAGAAAAUUUCGGCAGAAGAGCCAAAGACAAGGGACAUUGCGAUUCAAGUAUUUGAAGGGUGCACCAGUUACAGUGGGCGAAAUAGUCCAAGCGUUUUCGAUGGCAUCGGUAACAGCACGCGAAAUAGUUCAACAAUUUCUUGCUGCUGCUCAAGCGAGUAUGAAUACGGUAGAGAAAUGGAUAGCGUUUCAUCUAGCGAUUCCAGUGAGUCAUUGCAUUUUGAUGAAAAUAUUUGUGCGAGAGAAUUCAGUGCGAGAGAGCACAGCAUAAACAUGGAUUGUGUUGAAAAUAACUUUGGUCAUGAGUCAGAGAAGAAGUUUGGGAGAGAAGAUGCAGCAAACUCAUCCAUUGUUGGUCGCUUUUUAUCCGGGGUUGUGAAUUUUGCUGAGUGUUGUAUUUCUGCGCUGAACGGCAGCGCACAGAAUGAAUGA